AUGGCCACUCUCGCGUCCAACUCGUCCACAGCCGACGCCGCAGCGACGCCCCGGGCGGUGACGGUCAACUUCCUCCCGGCCGAGCUGAGCGGCACGACGGGCUUCUUCCCCUUUCACGACCUCGAGAUCCUCGGCAGCACCCACGAGGAUGACGCCGCCAACUUCUUCCAAAAGUUCCUCAUCCGGCCUUCGGGGGAGAGCGGCAACGACGACGAGCGGCACAUGUGGCUCUUCCCCACGGGCUGCCGUGUCGACGGCAACCAUGGCACCGAUUGCCCGCGAGCAUGCCGCGACGCCGCAACGCUGUUUGGCUCGCUCGAGACGUUUUACAACUGCGCCGCGCUGUCGUCGAUAGCGUACUGGACCCGCGCCAACCGCAGUGUCGUCGGGGCUUCGUCGCCCGGCGCCGGCGCCAGCGCCAGCCACCACUACUAUUACUACCUCCCCGACGAGGCGGCGCACAACGCCAGUGCCGUCAUGGCCGGCACGCCGCUGGCGACCUUUGACGAGCGGCCCGUGCUGGACUCGUUUGUCGCGUGCGCGCAGGCGGCGUGCGGCGGCGGCGAUGGCAUCCGCAAGCCCUGCAGCGACGCCGUCAAGGCGUUGUCGGGGCUGUCGAGUCCGCCCGAUGUGUUUGACGCCAUGGGCUCCUUUUGCCCCAAGAUCCCCGUCGAGAUUAACCCCGACAUUUUUGGGCCGGGGGUCCUCAUCUCGUACGUUCUCCAGGUCUGCUUUGCCAGCUUCCUCUUCCUCUCCCUCAAGACCUUCACCCUCUGGGUCCGCUUCUCCCAGCAGGGCAAGGCAAAGCGCCGCACCAGCAACCGCGCGUCGCUGCUCGACCUGCAGCGCCGCCUGACGCGCAUCGAGUCCAUCAUCUGGCGCGACUCGUCGGCCCUGUCGCGCACCAGCAUCGCCCUCGCCACGACGCUCGUCGAGUUCCAGGAGGCCCAGUGCUGGUUCGUCUUCGCCAUCCAGAUCGCCUCCAUCCUCGCCAUCGUCGUCAACUCCCAGGAGGGCACCUUUUGGGGCGAAAUCAUUGUCAACGCCGCCGUCGCCUUCCACGUCAGCCAGAACGGCAUCCUGCCCAUGUUCCUCGUCCAGCUGUGCCUGCACAACGAGGGCAUCCGCAACUGGCACACCUUUCUCGGCUUCUUUGCAGAGUAUCUCUUGGCCAUUGUCGCCACCAGCCAAAAGGUCCUUUUCCGUGAUGCCUUUGAGCUCUUUCGCAAGGAAAGGGAGCUUGAGGCUUGUGGCGGCAAUCCCAGCCCUCGCAGCUACUGUGCCUCGAUGCACGGUGUCGAAGGCCUGCACCUUGGCUUCUUCCCUCGCCCCUACCUCUACAAGGUCGUCUUUCUCGUCCUCGACACCGUCGCCAUUGUCAUCUUGCUCAUCGACCAGCUAAGCUGGACCUUCCGCAGCCACCGCCUCACCCGCGACCUCAGCAUCCGCGGCUACCGGCUCGGCCACGGCCCCAGGGGCAAGUUCAAGCCCGCCUGGAUCAGGCUCAAGAGAGUCGUCUGGUGGUCCCUGGAGCUGGCCUACCUCGUCAUCAACAUUUUGUACAUGGUCUCCCUCGUCAAGGUCUUUAGCGCCGACAGCUUCGAGGCAAGCAAGUGGUCCUACGGGCAGAUCAUCGCCAUGACGGUGUGGGGGCCCGUCAUUGUCAAGCUGUUUGACCUGGUACUCUCCGGUCCGCCCAAAAACGGCACCAGACUCAACUCAGGUCCUCCGCGGUUGCGCAUCGAUAACGUUAUAAACCACCGCCUCGGUACCUCGGCAGACGAGGUCCUCGAUGACGAUGACGACGACGAUUACGUCCCGGGGCUGGGGAGCAAGAUCCCGACGCCGCCUGAGCUGGACCUUGGCCGGGGCCGUCGCCGGGAUCCCAACUCGGGCCGCAUCACCGACGAGGGUGCGAGCAACGAGAUGAAGAGCGUCGAGGCUGGCUUGCGACGAGUCAACGAUAACCAAUGA